AUGGUGCAAUUACCGGAUGAAAUUUUAGAAGUGAUUCUUUGUCGAUUGCCUGUAAAGGAUCUGCUCCGAUUCAGAUGUGUAUCUAAAUCUUGGCUUGCCCUAAUCAGUAGCCCGUAUUUCAUCAAAUUGCAUCUUAAUCGAACAGUUCAAACCAAGAGCAACCUUAGCCUUUUUUUCAUGAGAGAUUAUUACAAUCACUUUCAGAUGAAUUUUGAUUCCGACCGCUUUCUUCAACCGGUGGAAAUUGAUUACUUUAAAACGAGGUAUCCAAAUACAGAAAUUUCGAUUUGCGGUUCCUGUGAUGGCUUGCUUUGCAUGAGAACCGAAACUAUCAACAACAACCAUGUCUUUUUAUGGAAUCCAUCAACGAAAAAGUCUAUACAACUUCCUUCUACUAGCGACAGAUUAAACAUGGGGUGGGAUUAUCGACUUGGUUACGACAACAUCAAUAAUGAUUAUAAGGUGGUGAACCUUACGUGUUUUAAAGUAGGUAAAAUCAUUGAUUAUGAGAUUAAUGUUUAUAGUUUGAAAUCAAAUUCGUGGCAUAGUCCGAAGAAGUUUCCUUACCGUCCGAAGUUGAGUAGCAUUGGAGAUUCCAUAACUGGUGGAGCUAUGCACUGGAUGUCAAUAAUGGGAUCAGAUUCAAAAAGUAAAAGAUCAAUUGUUGCUUUUAAUCUCGGGACAGAGAAAUACAGAGUAAUUCCACUACCUGAGUUGGGUUAUUCUAAUUUCUAUUUAUAUUUGAAUAAUUUAGAAGGAUGCCUUUCCGCAACUUGUCAAUAUUCCUCGUCUACUGUGGAUAUAUUUUUGUUGAAGGAAUACGGUGGGAAGAAUGAACAUUGGUCAAAAUUGAUUACAAUUUCACCAACAAUAUCUAUCGGGGUCGACUUUCCCAAUGUCGAAGCUAUUGCUUAUUCAAAAUGUGGUAGGAAAAUAUUGUUUGUGAUGGAUUAUGAGUGGCUUGUUUGGUAUAAUUUAGAACAGAACUCAGAAGAGGAAAUUAGGGUUUAUGGUAGUAAUGUUUACACUUACAUAGAAAGUAUGGUCUCUCUUGAUGUCCAGUAG